AUGGAACAAGUGCGACUCAUCGAAGGGGAAAGCAAUGAUAAGAUAUAUAUCGCUCUUUCUCACCGCUGGAACUCUAAUACGGCGCUCCAAAGUACCACUGGAGCGAAUGUGGGGAGACGCAAGGAGGAAAUCGAUCUCAAUUCGCUCUCCCAAACAUUCCAAGACGCCGUCACUGCCACUCGAAAACUCGGGAUACAAUACCUCUGGAUUGACAGCCUCUGCAUAGUCCAGGACAACAACAACGAGGUAACGAUGGAGUGUAACCGAAUGGAGCUGAUAUUCAGCCAGGCUUACUCCGUCAUUGCGGCUACGUCCGGCCACAGCGGACACUAUGGGUUUCUUUCUAGGCAUGGCAUGGACGGCAGACCCUUCUUGCUACCUAACGACGAGGAAAACUUGCAUACCAGGGGAUGGGUCUUCCAGGAGCGAGCUCUAGCACGCCAUACGAUCCAUUUCGCUACAUCCCAAACGUACUGGGAGUGUGAGGGUUCUAUUAUCGGCGAAAGCGGAAGGGACGACUUCGUGUAAGGACCUACACUCUCGUCGUGGCAUACUCUAGCUGACUGAUCUACUAUAUUAGAACUAAUCGGGACUCGCUUGGAAG